GAAGAAACAGAAUUACGUCGGCUGUUACGUCACCUUCGAGCGACAAUUGAUGUAACACACGAGGAUGUUUUACACUACAUUAAAACACAGUAUUUCCGUGGUAGAUUUGUAAAACAAAGUACACAAACGUAGUUAAUCAAGCCUGAGAGAACGAGAUAAAUCAGAGAUGGCUGACUUUUCGUCGUUGGGUCUCUCAGACUGGCUGGUUAAACAGUGUAAACAACUGGGGAUCAACAGACCGACUCCUGUCCAGGAAAACUGCAUGCCAGCUAUACUGCAAGGUCGAGACUGUAUGGGCUGUGCAAAGACUGGAAGUGGGAAGACGGCAGCAUUUGUGCUCCCAGUGCUGCAGAAACUGUCCGAGGACCCGUAUGGCAUCUUCUGUUUGGUGCUCACUCCCACCAGGGAGCUCGCCUAUCAGAUCGCAGAGCAGUUUCGAGUCCUGGGGAAGCCGCUGGGUCUGAGAGACUGCAUCAUCGUCGGUGGAAUGGACAUGGUGAGCCAGGCCCUGGAGCUGUCCAACAAACCACAUGUGGUCGUAGCAACGCCGGGACGGCUGGCCGAUCACAUCCGCAGCUCCAACACUUUCAGCAUGAGCAAGAUCCAGUUUCUAAUUAUGGACGAGGCAGACCGGCUGUUGGAGCAGGGUUGCACUGAUUUCACCAAAGACCUGGAGACGAUCAUGGGGAUUUUACCGGCUAAACGGCAGACGCUGCUGUUCAGCGCCACACUCACUGAUACCCUACAGGCGCUGAAGAACAUUGCCAUGAAUAAACCUUUCUUCUGGGAGAGCAAGUCAGAGACACGGACGGUGGAGGAGUUGGACCAAAGGUACAUCCUCACUCCAGAGAAGGUGAAGGACGCCUAUCUGGUCCACCUGAUCCAGAUGUUUACCGACCAGCAUGACGACUGGUCCAUCAUCAUCUUCACCAACACGUGCAAGAACUGCCAAAUCCUCACCAUGAUGCUGCAGAAAUUGAACUUUCCAACCAUCUCUCUGCACUCCAUGAUGAAACAGAAACAAAGAUUUGCGAACCUCGCCAAGUUCAAAGCCAGCGUCUACAAAAUCCUGAUUGCGACAGACGUGGCUGCCAGGGGUUUGGAUAUUCCGUCCGUCCAGGUCGUCAUCAACCACAACACCCCCGGCCUUUCCAAGAUCUACAUCCACAGAGUCGGACGAACAGCAAGAGCAGGGAGGAAUGGUGUGUCCAUCACACUGGUGACUCAGUACGACAUCCACCUGGUCCAGUCCAUCGAAGAACAGAUUCAGUCGAAGCUGAAGGAAUAUCCUGUGGAGGAGAAAGAAGUCCUGAAGAUCCUCACUCAAGUCAACGUGACCAGACGGGAGUGCGAAAUAAAACUUGAAUCGACAGACUUUGAUGAGAAAAAGGAGAUCAACAAGAGGAAACAGCUGAUCUUGGAAGGGAAGGAUCCAGACCUGGAGGCCAAGAGGAGGGCCGAGCUGGAGAAGAUCAAGAGCCAGAAGAAGAAGUUCAAACAGAAAAUCCAGGAGAACAUUCAGAGACAGAAACGUGGACAGAUGAAAAAGAAUCUGACAAAGAGAAAACAGACAGAGAAGAAAAAGGCGACGCAGGCUGCAAAGUGAAAACCGCUGUGACCCACGUGUAUAUACUCCAAGUUUUAUUACUGUAAAAUACCUGUAAUAUGUUAAGAUCUGCAAUAAAUCUGAAGACAAUAACUCUUAUACAAAUGAA